GCUAACUUGGUGGCUAGCUAACGUUAGCCUAAUUGUAUAGCCGCAUAGUUGUAGGGCUUAAAGUACCCGUAGAGUCGGCUAGUCUGCUUCUUAGUUAGUUAGGUAUACAUUGAAUUGUUUUGUUUUUUGGUUACGGGCUGUUGCCGAGGAGCUGUUUCUAAAUCUUAAGUAAAUCUAUUUGAACUAGGCCUGACGUUAGCCUAGCGUAAAGCGUUAUCCAAUAUUAUGUUGCUAGCCAACGGUAGCUAACGGCACUACGUAACGCUAGCUAGUGUGAAAGUAAAGUUAAACCAUAGCCUUGUUUCUGUACGUUGGGUAACGUUGACGAUUGGCAGCAGUUCAUACGUAUUAAUGCGGAAAAAUGCUUCCCUUUGUAACGUUAGCAUCCUGGGCUAACUGUGUCGUCUGUAGAAAUACACAAGGCCGAGUGUCAGUGACAGAUUUAACGUAACGUUAGUGUCAGUGUCGUCAACUUAGUAGUAAGUAACGUUACGUGGUUUAUUUUCACGGGGCACUUUGCUGAGAACAACGUUAACGUUGAGUUUUGGAGAAUUGGAUACGCCGUGUUUGUGUAUGCAAAUGUUUCCGAGGUUACUCAUCCCAUAUCUGAUAUCUUUGUUUACAAAGCAUGGCCAGCGGCGGAGGUAGGGACACAGCCUCGAUGCUGGGCGGGGAUUGAGUAACGUUAGCCAGAUAGCAAGCCAAGUGUGUGAUGGUUCACAACUGAGGAGGCAGAUUAUUAGGUUACAUUUGAUCAUGGUCUUAGUUUACGAAAGUCCAUUUGGGGUCGAUUCCUUUGGCUUCUAGAAUUCACACCAUACCAUGACUGAUUUUGCUUAAAUGUAAAUUAGAUUAGAUGUUUCCUCUGCUAGUCCACAUGUGAAGAAAUAAUACUUUUGCAUAAGAGUAAGGUUAUGUAAUCACAGUCAUGUUUUACCACACUGUAUGCAAUUAAGUACAUCUGUUCACUAACGGUGUUUAAGUGUGUAAAACCAAAUCUGACAUAGCUCACUUAUGUUAAAAAAAACCAAACACUUGAAUAUCUGAUGGGUUGAUGACAAUCAGAAGUUUGGAGCAUGGGCAAAAAUAAACACUGUUGAAAAAUCUGUUGAUGAUUCAAAGUGUUACACAAACCCCAUUAUGCAGUCUGACCUUUUGGGGCUGAAAUGAAUCCAUGGGUAACAACAAUGACAUGACAGGAUUUAUACAGUUUUGAGUAAUUUUAGUACAAGUAUGAAUAUAAUGCCAUAACUUAUUAGCUUUUAAGAUUUGUUUUGACAAUGCACGUGCACAUGCAAGUGUUUUGCAGUUGUGCUCUAUUAUUAGAUUGCUUCAUGAGAGCAUGGUGUGGUGCAGGUUUUUAUGUGGUGGCCUGUAGAUAGUGAAAUGUUUAAAGACCUCUUCUGUUUCUGUCUGUGCAACUUGUUUUUUGUUUGCAACUCCUGCACAUGCAAAUCGGCCGUGAGAACCCGAUACUAACCUGCUGUAAAGCUCCACAAGUUGUUCCCUGUACCAGGCACCAGCAGACUCUACUUAACCAGUUGAGGGAGGUCACGGGCACCACAGACGUUCAGCUGCUUCAGCAGGCGCUGCAGGUGAGCAAUGGAGACCUGGCCGAGGCUGUUGCAUUUCUGACGGAGAAGAAUGCCAAGGUUCCUGAGCAAGAUGAAACGACCUACUACCAGACGUCUCAGGUGGCCAGCGACAGAUACAUCAGCGUCGGCAGUCAGGCAGACACAAAUGUGAUUGACCUGACUGGGGACGAUAAGGAUGACCUGCAGAGGGCCAUUGCCCUCAGCCUAGAGGAGUCCAACCGGGCGUUCAGGGAGACGGGCAUCACUGAGGAGGAGCAGGCCAUCAGCAGAGUUUUGGAGGCCAGCAUAGCAGAGAACAAGGCAAGUCUGAAGCGCACCCACACCGAAGUGUGGAGCGACUCACCCAACCCGCAUGACAGGAAGAGGAUAGACACCUGCCCCGUGGGGCUGAAAAAUGUUGGCAAUACCUGCUGGUUCAGUGCUGUCAUACAGUCUCUGUUCAACCUGCUGGAGUUCCAGAGACUUGUGCUUAACUACUCACCGCCAGCCCGAGUGCACGACCUGCCUCGCAACCUAAAGGAACACAGGAACCUGCCCUUCAUGCAGGAGCUGAGGAACCUCUUCUCCCUCAUGGUGGGGUCCAAGAGGAAAUAUGUGGAUCCGUCACGAGCUGUGGAAAUCCUCAAAGACGCCUUCAAGUCCAGCGAGUCGCAGCAGCAGGAUGUGAGCGAGUUCACCCACAAGCUGCUGGACUGGCUGGAGGACGCCUUCCAGAUGAAGGCUGAGGAAGACAGGGAGGGUGAGAAGCCAAAGAACCCCAUGGUGGAGCUCUUCUAUGGUCGCUUCCUUGCCGUGGGCGUCCUGGAAGGUAAAAAGUUUGAGAACACAGAGAUGUUCGGGCAGUACCCUCUGCAGGUGAAUGGCUUCAAGGAUCUCCAUGAAUGUCUGGAGGCUGCGAUGAUUGAGGGUGAGAUUGAGUCCCUGCACUCGGCAGAGAACUCUGCCAGGUCUGGACAAGAGCACUGGUUCACAGAACUCCCUCCUGUGUUGACCUUCGAACUGUCAAGAUUUGAGUUUAACCAAACCCUGGGCCGACCGGAGAAGAUCCACAACAAGCUGGAGUUCUCCUCUAUGCUCUACAUGGACAGGUACAUGGACAGGAACAGGGAAAUAACCAGGAUCAAGAGGGAGGAGAUCAGGAGGCUGAAAGAGCAUCUGACGCUGCUUCAACAACGACUGGAGAGGUAUCUGAGUUACGGCUCCGGCCCCAAGAGGUUCCCUCUGGCAGAUGUCCUCCAGUACGCCAUGGAGUUUGCCUCCAGUAAGCCGGUGUGCACCUCCCCAGUUGAAGACAUUGACUCGUCAGCGCCCCCUGGUGGUACAACAGGACAACAGCUGUCCCCACAGAGCACAGCUGAGCAGGACCCCUUGCCUCCCGUAGAGAGCUCAGGCUCUGCAUCAGGUCCCAUCACAGCUAACACUGCAGCCCAGCAGCAGAGAGUACCCAUCCAUAAGCCCUUUACCCAGUCCCGGCUACCCCCCGACCUCCCCAUGCACCCUGCCCCGCGCCACAUCACCGAUGAAGAGCUGAAGGUGCUCGAGGGCUGCCUGCAACGCUGGAGGAGUGAAGUGGAACACGACACCCGUGAUCUGCAGGGCAGUAUAAACAGAAUCCACAGAACCAUUGAGCUCAUGUACUCUGACAAAUCCAUGAUGCAGGUUCCAUACCGGCUUCAUGCAGUGCUCGUCCAUGAAGGCCAGGCCAAUGCAGGCCACUACUGGGCUUACAUCUACGACCCACAUCAGCUCUGCUGGAUGAAGUACAACGACAUCUCUGUCACCAAGUCGUCCUGGGAGGAGCUGGUCCGGGACUCGUUCGGAGGCUACCGCAACGCCAGUGCCUACUGUCUCAUGUACAUCAACGACAAGAAGCCCUUCCUCAUAGAAGAGGAGUUUGAUAAAGAAACGGGACAGAUACUCAGCGGCAUGGACAAACUACCUCCAGACCUGAAGCAGUAUGCGAGGAAGGACAACGAGCUGUUCGACAAGGAGGUCGAGGAGUGGGACGUCCUGCAAGUCCGCAAGGCCCAGCAGGAGAAGCUGGCCCUGGCCGCAGCAGCAGCAGCAGCAGCAGCCGCCGCCUCAGCAGCAUCCAGCAUCUCCACCUCUUCCUCUUCCCCUCAGCCAAUGAGUAUUGAGUCCAGCCCUCCAGACAACACAGUACCCCAGCAGGAGCCCGAGUACAUGGAGCAGCCAUCACCCACGAAUGACUCCAAACACCUGCAGGAGGACACGGAGAGGGCCAUCUCCAGGGCUGCUGCUGAGCAUGAGGAGAGGAGCCCCGAGGCGCUGUUAAACGCUUCUCCCCCCUCUCCCUCCUCCCCUCAGCCUGAAGUCCAGGUGUGCACCCCCUCCGCCCCCCCUCCUCCUGACCUGGUCACGGAGGUCGAGUCCCCUGGCCAGCGCACGGUCGAGGUGGCCAUUCCCAACGUGGGGACCUUUCUCAUUGAGUCAGAAGAGGGGGGGUACGAUGAUGAGGCGAUGAUGACCCCCAACAUGCAGGGUGUAAUUAUGGCCAUUGGCAAAUCCAGCAGCGUGUAUGAAAAGAACGGGCCUGAGACCGCCUUUUUUAAGGCCAUAAAGCUGGAGUAUGCUCGUCUGCUGAGGUUUGCUCAAGAGGACACACCUCCUGAGAACGACUACCGACUACAGCACGUCAUCGUCUACUUCAUCCAAAACCAGGCGCCCAAGAAGAUUCUGGAGAGGACUCUGCUCACUCAGUUUGCUGACCGGAACCUGGCCUUCGAUGAGAGAUGUAAGAGCAUUAUGAAUGUGGCACGUGCCAAACUGGACCUAAUCAAACCCGAGGAGGUCAACAUGGAUGAAUACGAGAUGUGGCAUCAGGCUUACCGGAAUUUCCGCGAGACAACAAUCUUCAUGAUGACUGGCCUGGAGCUCUUUCAGAAGACAAAUUACAUGGAGGCUCUGAUGUAUCUGAUUUACUCAUACCAGUACAACAAGGAGCUUUUGUCUAAAGGGCAGUACAGAGGGCACGACGAGGAGCUGCUUGGUCAUUACCGUCGAGAGUGUUUGCUGAAAUUAAACGAGCAAGCGGCUGCCAUGUUUGAGUCAGGAGAAGAGCCAGAGGUGACCACGGGCCUGGGCAUCAUGAAUGAGCUGGUGGUGCUCUGCAUCCCACUGCUGCUGAUCCACGAGACUGAGCGAGACCUGCUGGCAGUGGAGGACAUGAGGAACCGCUGGUGCUCCUACCUGGGCCAGGAGAUGGAACCCAGCCUCCAGGAGAAGCUGACCGACUUCCUCCCCAAGUUGCUGGACUGCUCGACGGAGAUCAAGAGCUUCCACGACCCUCCCAAGCUGCCCAGCUACUCCACGCUGGAGCUGAGCGAGCGGUUCGGCCGCGUCAUGGCCGCUGUGGGCAGGGUGCCCACCGACGGGAGAUGAGCUCCGGACGGACACCUCUCCACCAUCGUGGGCCCGACCCGGCCGGACAUCCAUGGAAGUCUCUUAACCCAUGCCUUCCUUCUAAAUCCAGGGGUCUCUUGCUUUUAGCUGUUACUCCUCUGUUACUCUUUUGCUGCUAUAGAUUUUACCAUUAUAAAUAUUAUUUCACUUUUUAUUUUGAAGCAGAACAGAACAGAGGAAGGAGGGUGGACUGUUGGGGAGGGAAUCGAGAAAUGAGAGAGAGAUGGAAAAACACAGUGGCAAUCCUGCAGUGGUUGAAAGCCAAGCACGCUGCUUCAGCUUUUUUUUUUUUAUUUGAAAGAAACCACGUUUGAGGGUUUUUCAUAGAUUAUUAUUAUUGUUGUUACUGUUUGAUUCAAGCUUCCCCGACCGCACUCCUAACCCUUCCUGAAGCCCCCUCCUCUGCUGCUCCGCCUCCACUUUGGUACAGUAUUACCACGCUUUGUUUCUUCUUUCUAAGGAAGUGAGAAGGAAGAAGCCUUCAGAAUUAUCAUGCGGCUCAGAGCAUCUCAGAAGGGUCUCACGUCUCUGUGGACCGCCGGCAGAAUGAGCUGUUUUCAGUGCUGUGGUAGACGGCCACGCACUUCCUGUGGCUUGUUAAUACAUCAAGAGAAUAAAGUUUUAUUUAUGGCCCUUUUAGGCCAAAUAAACAAAUGUUUUGCCUGA